CCCGAGGGCCCGCCCGCCUGCCGCAGCCCGCAGCCUGCCGCCGCCAGGUUGUACCUCAGACUGUCAGAUAAAGCGGUGGGCCGGGCCGGCGGGGCGGUGAGCACGGCCCGGGCCGGACAUGGCGGCACUCUACGCCUGCACCAAGUGCCAUCAGCGCUUCCCCUUCGAGGCGCUGUCUCAGGGGCAGCAGCUGUGCAAGGAAUGUCGGAUUGCACACCCUGUUGUGAAGUGCACCUACUGUAGGACUGAGUACCAGCAGGAGAGUAAAACCAAUACAAUCUGCAAGAAAUGUGCUCAGAAUGUGCAGUUGUAUGGAACGCCCAAACCUUGUCAGUAUUGCAACAUAAUUGCGGCAUUUAUUGGCAACAAAUGCCAGCGCUGCACAAAUUCAGAGAAGAAGUAUGGACCACCAUAUUCCUGUGAACAGUGCAAGCAGCAGUGUGCGUUUGACAGGAAAGAUGAUAGAAAGAAGGUAGACGGGAAAUUGCUGUGCUGGCUGUGCACACUUUCAUACAAGCGGGUCCUCCAGAAGACCAAAGAGCAGAGGAAGCACCUGAGCAGCUCUUCCCGUGCCAGCCACCAGGAGAAGGAGCAGUACAGUCGACUGAGUGGUGGUAGCCAUUAUAACAGUCAGAAAACACUUUCUACGUCUUCAAUUCAAAAUGAAAUCCCAAAGAAAAAAUCCAAGUUUGAGUCAAUCACAACCAAUGGAGACAGCUUUUCCCCAGAUCUGGCUCUGGACUCACCAGGCACUGACCACUUUGUCAUCAUUGCCCAACUGAAGGAAGAAGUAGCCACUCUGAAGAAGAUGCUGCAUCAAAAAGAUCAAAUGAUUUUAGAGAAAGAGAAGAAGAUCACAGAGUUGAAGGCUGAUUUUCAAUACCAGGAAUCUCAGAUGAGAGCCAAAAUGAACCAGAUGGAGAAAACCCAUAAGGAAGUCACAGAACAAUUGCAGGCCAAAAACCGAGAGCUCCUGAAGCAGGCAGCUGCCCUGUCCAAGAGCAAGAAGUCAGAGAAGUCGGGAGCUAUAACCUCUCCAUGAGAGACCACAAAGAGGCUCCCGGCAACAGCAAAUGGAUUCCUGGGUUAGGGUGGCAACCUGGCUGUUCUCUGGGAAUUGCAACCUUUAAGAAAUCUCUUAUUUUAUUACAGUUACCGUCCUUUGUGCGAUUGCAGUGGGCUGAAUGGAAACACCUGGUUUGUACUGUGCUAUGACUGCAUGCUUGAAUGUUUGGGGUUUUGAGCUCUCUCUCUCUAACUCUCUCACACUCUCACUCUUUUCUCUCCCCUCCACCCUUCCCUCAGUACUUCUGUCUGUCUGUCUCUAUCUCUUUUGGUACUUUUUUGUUUGUGUGUGUGGUGGUCACUGCUCAGUGUUAUGUGCAGAAUGUUUUUUUUCUGUCCAUCAUUGCAUCCUGCCAUACCCAUGAGCAAAUAAUUUGGCAUUAAUUACAUAUCACUGCCACCCUCUGAACUUUGAAAACUGCCACCUUAAGACUUGGUACAAUGGCAGAGACUUUCUCUCUCCAAUAAACCUUUUGCUUCAGGGUAUACUCUUGGGUUUUUUUCCAGGUAUAUUAUGUAUGAACUUUGUAUUAUGUAUAGUCAGAGUUUUAUUUAUUUUUUAAAAAAAGAAACUUUUUCUUGAUAAAGGAAUAAUGGUAGCCUAGCUUGUUCUUGUAAAAGUGAUGCCUCUUGAAAAAAAGUCCUACUCUCUAGCUUUUAGAAAAAGAAUCAGAUCUUUUCUUUCUUAU